AUGUUCAGGAGGGCGGCCAGCAUCGUUGGCUGGAAGCCAGACAAUUACCGGCUUGUGUGCAUGACUUAUGCAACUAUGCUUAGAGACCUGACAGACCCUAGUGGCAUAUGUGACAUGGCAACGGCCAGCAUCACGAUCCUGCUUAGAAGGAUUGAAGCCGGCAUUCAGUUUGCAUAUCCAGAUUAUCACACGGGUCAGGGGCUGAUGGUCUAUGCAAGAGGCAGAAGAACUAACAAGUGGUUGUUUUUAAGACCCUUCAACUGGGUGGUCUGGCUCUUCUUGUUUCUUUCUGCAUUGGCGGUGGGCGUCUCAACCUGGGUUGUAGAGAUCGUGACAAAGCCAAAAGCAGCCAGACGCGUCGAGGACAAAGAUGACGAUGUUGGCGUCGUGGAACUGGUCUGGUCUGCUGGGGCGCAAAUCGUGAAUGCAGCCGACCCAAUGAGAGCCUUCUCCCUUCCGUCCCGAAUCAUCAUCUUCGUUUGGGCCUUUCUCAUCCUCCUCCUGGUGGCCAUGUAUACUGGAAACGCAGCUGCCAUCCUCACGGCUUCGCAGGUUGAUGUGAGCAUUCAAUCAAUCAGCGAUCUGCAGGGAAGGAGUUGGGGUGCCUAUAACAAUACAGUAGACAGCAUGCACCGGAACGGUUGGAAUCCAACCGUACUGUUUGCCCCGCAGAACCCCGCUGAGACAGAAGACAUGCUACAGCAACUUGCGACGGGAGCCAUCGAGGGCCUCGUCUGGGAUUGUGGAUUUGUGGACUACACAAGUGCGACACGUUGUGAAUUUUACAAGGUGGGGGACUGCAUAACGGAGGACAACCGAGCGUUGGCCUUCUGGCAAAACGCAACCGCCCCCCUGGUUGACGCGUUCAGCACCGCAAUUUUGGCGCUGGAGGAGAAUUCUGAGCUGGCGCAUCUUCACAAGAACUUCAUCCAGCCUACUUCGACAAUAUGCGCGAAUGAGGCAGCGGGCACGGAACAGCAGGUCACAUUCAAUCAGGUCUCUGGCCUUUGGAUCGUCCUUGGUGCUACCAUAGCCAUAUCAAUGGGUCUGGCCUUCAUUGGACGUCAUGCCAAGCUGAAGCAUCUUCAUAAGAUUGUGAAGAAAACCAUAUCAUUGAGGGCCUCUGGAGAAGACGUGGACAAAGAGACCCCUAUGCCUGAUGGAAAGCAAGUCAAAGUGAUUGAUACCCGUGUAGCCGCCCAUAUUCUGUAA